AACUGUUCUGAACUACAAUUCAAUCUGUUGAAUGUAUUCCGUCGGCACGAGACGGAGGACCAAGAGGUGGUUUCAGCCGCGGGAACAUUCGCCACAAGCAUCUUCUCGGUGGGCACUGGUUGGCCGCAGAGCGCCAUGGCGACCAUCGUACUGGAGAGAAUCGGCAGAGUGUUCAUCAGCUUGCAGCAGAUCCGGCAGGUUCCCCGGAUGCUGACCGAGGCGGCGCCCUCCAUGCCGGGCACGGUCAGGGACACGGAGGUGCCGUACUACUUCAGGGAGCGCUACGUUUGCACGGGCUACAGGCCGCUGGACCAAAAUUGGCGCUACUACUUCCUGUCCAUGUUCCAGCGGCACAACGAGACCAUCAACAUCUGGACUCACCUGCUGGCCUUCCUGGCCUUUCUGGUGAAGCUGCGCCAGCUGUCCGAGACGGUGGACUUUGUGGGGGACCCCCACUCGUGGCCCCUGCUGAUCCUGGUCCUGUCCUCUCUGAUGUACUCGGCCUUCAGCGUGGCUGCCCACCUGCUGGGGGGCAAGUCUGAGCUGUACCACUACUGCUUCUUCUUCCUGGACUACGUCGGCGUGGCCCAGUAUCAGUACGGCAGUGCCGUGGUGCACUUCUACUACGCCGUGGAUGAGGGCAUGCACCGACACGUGCGGGGGGUCUUCAUGCCCAUGGCCGCCGUCCUCAGCUUCCUCUCCUGUCUGGGGUGCUGCUACGGCAAAUACUGCAAUCACAGCCUGCCUUCCUGGGUGCGCAAGGUGUGCCAGGUGGUGCCCUCGGCCCUGGCCUACAUGUGGGACAGCAGCCCCGUGGCAAAGCGGCUCUUCCUGUGGUCCGGCGGCGACCCCGCCGCCCCUUACCACCUGGGUCAGGUGGGCUUCUUUCUGAGCUGUGCCUUCUUCUUCACCGUCCCCCUGCUGGAGCGCCACCUCCCCGGUCGCUGCGACUUCUUGGGGCAGAGUCAUCAGAUCUUUCACGUUUUCCUGUCCUGCUGCACCUUCUGCCAGAUCCACGCCUCCCACCUGGACUACGUGGGCCGCAGGAGGCUGUACACGCGGCUGCACGGCGCCGAAGAGGCCCCCCUCUUCCUGGGCCUGUACGCGGUCACUGUGGCUGGAUGUGCACUAAUAGCAGCCUUUUGGCUGACCAAAGUCAAACGAAUGCUCGAUGUUAAAAACAAGUCCAAGUAAAGGCAUUCUCCGCCUUUUCCUCAAGGUACUGCUUUGAUGGAAGGGGAGCAUUAUUGUUACCGUAGCCUAACAUUUUGCGGCAGAGGUUAAUGUUCUUCUCUGUAUUAACACACAGUAUCUGCAUUUUUAUGUAUUAGUAAAGCCGGUGCUGUUUUUUUGUUAACUUUUUAAGAUUUAUUGAGACCAUUAGAGCUUCAAUAUCACUGUUUUACUGUUUAAAAUCUAAUUUCUCUAUACACUGUCCAGAUAUAACAUUAUGAACACCGACUAGUAAAGUGAAUGGUUCUCUUCCGGAUAUAACCCACUGUUCUAAGCAUAGGAAGGGACACAGAGCAUGUCAGAAAACCCGAGGUGUUCCCCUGACCUGGUUUCUCCCCAGGCACCAAUCUGACAGCAUCUGUUGGAAGCCAGCCCCCGACACCCACAGGGCCCCCAGUAGGUCCUUGUAAAAGACACUCCAGGACUCCUCCAGAUGCACUUUGACCACACAUUAGCAUGCCCUGUAGUAGGUGGUCAUAAUGUUAUGGCUGACAGGUGUCAGGAAAUGGAAAAAAAAUUCAAAAUGGACCGGCAGCGUAGCCCGAAAUUUUAACGAGUCAGGUUCUCUAAGCUUCUUGAAGAAGAUUCAAACCUCUUUUUUGGCUGUUGGCUGCCUUUAUCUUCUGCUCUCCAUCCGAUGGGCCAGCGUUGCUGCGGUAACGCUGUGGUCCCGGCUGUGGGAGGACUCAUCCCGCCAUCAGACCUGUUGCCGAUGACUUUAUUUCCACUUUGUGACAUUUAGCAUACCUCAGCCAUUUCUCCCUGUUUCCUUAAAAUGUCUUUUUUGUCCCGAUGAGUCUCUAAUGAACAGUCGAUGGAACAACUAAAGGUCCAGAUGCAUCUCUCAGGUCCUAUGCUGGAUUUUUUUUUAACUCCCUUGAAGACAUAAUUGUCCUCUUGUCCACUCACCUCUGAUUUUAUUUUAAGGACUUGCUGAACACCACUCUGAGGUUUCUACCAAUAGCUGUUUGGGAAUCAAGCUAUUGAUACUAAAAUACAAUUUUACGUCUGUUGUACUACUGUUUUAUUGUCAUAUUUUUCUAUUUAAUUUUAAUUUUUUAUAUUCUAGACAGGAACAAAGUGCCUUUAGUUGUCAAGUGUGAACACAACAAUGGUUCAUCCCUUUUGAGGAGGUGCUUUUUUGUGCUCGAGUGACUCACAGGUCAGUAUUAAGCAGCUCAACAAACACAUGAACACAGUAUAAUACAUAAGGAUGGCCUGGAAGGGAGAGUCUAAAGAAGAAUUUUGAAAAACCUUCAGAAAACCUAACCUACUGUCACUCCAAACCACUUUGAAAGAUUCUAACAAAACGUGGCUGCUUUGAGGCAGACCAAAAAUUUUGCACAACGUUGCAUUUAAAAGCAUCAUCAAAUUGAAAAAUGGAAGUAUUUAUUUUUUUAUAUUGAAAGUUUUAAAAAAAACUUUGGCCCUUUGUUAUUGUAGCUUGAAGAAGAUUAGCAGCAUUUAUCUGCUAAUAAGAUCUACUUUAUUAUCAGUUUGGACACUAUAAAAAGUAAAACAAAAAAAAAACUGCCAUUUGUUACAAUGUCUGAGGCCCUUGGCAGUGUCUGGCUUCUGAUUUGAUACAUUUUUAAGGCAGUGCUCAGUUACUUUUGCUGUAAAACUAUCUCCAGAAGAUCAAAAUUUAUUAUGACAUGUCCCAUUUUCAUGUUCUGUGGAGGUUUUAAAUCCCUGAAGAUGCACUGUAAAACAUUUUUUUAUUACCAGUCUGUGGUUUGCCGUCGCGCUACCACCGUUUCUAAUUUCAUGGCACUUAAACAAAAUUAUUUCCCUGCCAACUGAAUGUAUUUAAGAAAGCUGGAUGCUUUAUGAGGGAUUUAAUGCACGAUAAUGGAAGUCUUUACUUUUGUAAUAUGUCUCGUUUUAGACUUGUAUCUUGUAAGGCAGACUAUUAGCGCAAUCACCGUGUGACCUAAUGAACCUGUUUGUGCCUUUUGAAUUCUAAAAAGUAUAUGGAUGUGACAUGUGUUAACUCAAUAAAGUUAUCUUUACUGA